CCCGGAUGUGAUGGCUGAGCUGGACGUCGGGACGCGUUGUUCUUAUUCAUCGUGUCGUCAACUUGAUUUCUUGCCCUUCGUCUGUCCUGGAUGUCAACAAACCUUUUGUCUGGAACAUCGCGCUUGCGCGGAUCAUCUGUGCCCCGCUGAAAAGAGAGUGACGGUCGAAGUUUCAGCAUUGAAAGACGGUGUUGAUUAUCAUCCGUGCUCCCUGAGUGGCUGUCACAAGUCGGAGUUAGAAAUUAUAAAAUGCCAGUUUUGUAGCAACACUUUUUGCUUACGGCACAGGCACCAAGAGGACCAUGACUGCUUGGCUUUGAAGUCUUGUACAGAUGACGUACAGCAAAAGUCAUUGAGUGCUAUUGAUGUUUUACGAAAUGCUCAGGCAUCGGUUGCAUCAAAGGGAUAUCAGCAAUCAAAGCAAGUAUACAGAGCUGGUCAGCAGUCUCGAAGUUUCUCUGCAAGGUCUUCAGCUUUGGCUCAGAAAGUUGCACUGAUGAAAUUAAAAUCUCGAGCCACAGGAGAUAAACGUGUACCACAAGAAGAACGAGUCUUUUUUGAGGUCGUAAUUUUAUUGAGAGGCGAAAUCAAAACUCAUCCGACAUUCUUCUCAAAGGAAUGGUCUGUCGGCAAAUCUGUGGAUUACUGUGCAUCUGCUCUAAGCCUGAAAAACAGAAACAACAUUCCAUCGGAACCAAGGCUUCAGUUGUUUAGUCGAGCGACUGCGACGGCUUUGCCCAUGUCAUUGAAAUUGCAGCUGUGCAUCGAGAAGGAAAUCAUAACUAAUGGUGAAUCUGUUAUUCUGGCUUACUCGUCAACAGACAAACUUGAGAACAUUGAAGAAUUUAAUAAAUAAAAUAUUAAUGUUUAGUAAACGCAUUUGGCAGUGUACAAGUGCUGAUAUACAUUGUACAGUGUAUCAACUACAGUACAGUUGCAUAUCUAGCA